AUGUCAUUCCACAAGAUUUUAAACUUGCUCAAGGUACAGAGGGACGCGGAAGAUGUGGCACACGAUGGGGUAUACCUCAACAAGGACACGAGACCACUGCCGCCGUCUCGUAGGACGUAUGGACCAUGGAGUUUCAUAGGACUAUGGAUGGUAACCGGGAGCUUCAAUAUCGGUGGUUACACCACUGGCUCUUCCAUUCUGUCCCUUGGACUAAAUGUCUGGCAGGCCAUGUUGGUAGUCAUCAUAGGUCAUUGUCUCGUGGCUUUGGUCUGUUUGGGCACGGGAAUGCCAGGCGCUGAAUGGCAUAUCGGUUUUCCAAUCCUCCAGCGUUCUACUUGGGGUAUACGAGGCAGCAUUUUUACCCUAUGUCUACGUAUCUUACUUUCCUUCGUAUGGUGUUCGGUCCAGUUAUGGUGGGGUGGAAAAUGUGUCAAGACGUUCAUCGGAGCGAUAUGGCCAUCUUUCUAUCGAGUGAAUCAUCCUUUAGCAGAUCACAAAUUCUUCAUCGUAUGUUCGAUAGCCAUGAUCGCUUGCGUUUUCGCCCUCUUGGGCUGGGCUGUGAACGCAGCCCACGGACCUGGUGCCCUGGUUCAUAAUACAUCAGAAUUGGUCGGUGUCAUACCUGCCAAAGGGUCAGCCUUGGGAUGGGCGUUUGUGUACGGUAUCUCAUCUAUGCUUGGUGGCAUCGCCGUGCAUCUCUUCAACCAGUCCGAUUACACUCGUUUCGCCCGAAGACCAAAAGACCAAAUCCUAUCACAAGCCCUCAUAGUACCUCUGGGUACAAUCCUCAACGCUUUGAUCGGUAUCAUCGUCACUUCUUGUGCGGCUCAACUUUAUCCUACCGAGGGACUACUCUGGCAACCGUACGACCUUUUCACAGCUAUACAGAACGCUUCUGGGAACUCUAGCCGAACUCGUGCGGCUAUUGCUUUCGCUAGUAUCGCUUUCAUCCUCGCGCAACUGGGGAUAGCAGUGGUCGAAAAUGCUCUCAGUGGUGGUAUCGACCUAGCUGGGUUGCUACCAAGGUGGUUCACCCUCCGCAGAGGGGGGUAUUUCACCAUCGCCCUGGCUUUUGUAUUUCAACCUUGGCAAUUGCUCAACGGCGCUAGCAAAUUCCUCACUGUCAUCGGAACAUUUUCCACUUUCUUGAGCCCUAUGAUCGCCAUCAUGAUAGCCGAUUACUUCCUUGUUCGUCAUCGCAAGUUAUCCCUCACCAAUCUCUUCACCAACUCGCCCCAUUCGAUAUACUGGUUCAACCAUGGAUUUCAUAUACGGACCUUCAUAUGUUGGCUGAUUGGUGUUUUGCCUUUCACUCCGGGUCUUGCGGCGAGUGUCCGAGUAGAAGACCUGCACGGAUGGACAAAGUUGUACAACAUGGGCUUUAUCCUCGGCUUUGUCAUAACUUUCGUCCUCUACUACGGCUCCAACUUGAUCUUUCCCAUCCCUUACGCAACUAUCGUUGAUGAAGAAGAUGUUUUCGGCACUUUCACCGAACGCACGGAUUCGCAACACGAAAUCUCCUUCGUCGGUCCGGAUGCAGAGAAGAACGGUCAAGAUGAGGAGGAUGUGAAGGAUGUGAAAGAUGUUCAAACGACUGUAUGA